CGUCAGUGUCUGAAUUCGGAGGAGACUCUCUAUUAAUUAAAUUCGGUUCAUUCUUCCCUGUCGGCGAACUAAAGCUGCCUCCUGGUCGACCGCCAUGAGACGAAGGAAUCAGGACCGCCGCUACAUCUGCCGUGACAAUGGAAAAGAUACGGUCGUGCAUCCAGUCGACGAUCGUGCCCAAUCGGAGCAUCAGCAAGAAGACACGACCUCCACUUCUCAGCCAUCACAAAACCUCGAUCAUCCCACAAAACCUCGCCGUAUUCGGCGCCGCGGCGGUGGAGAAAAGUCAACACCUAGCUCCGCGGAGAAAUCAGAGGUGAAUUCAACCGAACCUGAUUGCCUGGCCGAUGAGUUGGUCAGCUUAGACCUGAAACAGAAUUCGAAUCAUGUAAAUAAUGAUAAUUCAAGUGAGAACAUGGCGGAGAAGCUUCAUCUCAGUUCUGGUGAGGCGAAGAGCCCGGACGUUGAAGAAACAGUUGAUGCUGAGUAUGAGACGAAGGAAGAUAUUAUGUUGACUAUUCUGAAUGAUUUGCGAUCUAGCGUCACAGAGCCGGAGCUAACCGAUGAGCAACUAAGGUUGAAUGAUCAGUUACAGGAAGAUGAGCUUCUGGCACUAGGGUACAUCUAUGGAGGUAACAUGUUCAUCCUUGAACGGCAUAAAGAUAUGCGAUACUUUCAGAUUCAUGUAAACGUAGAGGCAACUAGUGAACAUACUAUCUCUGCAAAGCUUAACUUACAAGCUGAUUCAAGCAAAGAGUCAGAGGAUUUCUUGUACUCCUUCCAAGCCCAGCACCUUCCGCCGAUUGUAUUGACAUGUUUGUUACCAAAUGCUUAUCCGAGCCACUUGCCGCCUUACUUCUUGAUAAGUGUUCAGUGGAUGAACCCUGAUAAGAUUUCGAGUCUCUGCUCCAUGCUGGAUUCGAUUUGGACUGAACAGCCAGGGCAAGAAGUGUUGUACCAGUGGACAGAUUGGUUACAGAACUCGUCUAUUUCUCAUCUUGGCUUUGAUAAUGAGAUUGUUCUUGGUCCGUAUGGCGUUACAUGUUCAAAAGAUAAACGUGCUGUUUCUGGAAGUCGUUCACCUGAUGCAGAUAUCCCUUAUAUUAGGAGUUACGACGAUGAAAAACGCCGUGAGAGCUUCCUUGAGAGCUUACACGAGUGCUGUAUAUGUUUCUCUGAAUCUGCAGGUUUCGACUUUGUUAAGUUACCAUGUGAGCAUUUCUUUUGUGUAAAAUGUAUGAAGACGUAUACAGACAUACAUGUCACUGAAGGUACAGUUAACAAGCUUCACUGUCCGGAUUCGAAAUGUGGAGAGAUUGUUCCUCCAGGUGUAUUGAAGAGGUUGUUGGGAGAUGAAGCGUAUGAACGUUGGGAAACUCUGAUGUUACAGAAAACACUGGAAUCCAUGACUGACGUCGCUUACUGUCCUAGAUGUGAAACACCGUGCAUAGAAGACGAGGAGCAGUUUGCUUUAUGUUUCAAAUGCUACUACAGUUUCUGUACCCUUUGUAAUGAAAAGCGACACGUGGGAGGUACCUGUAUGAGCCCGGAACUCAGGCUUCAAAUCUUGGAGGAACGUCAAAGUUCUUCACGUCUUGGAGAGGAACAAAGGCGAAAAGAAAGGGAAAUGAUCAAUGAGAUGAUCAGUGUUAGUGUGAUAAAGCAAAGCGCAAAGCAAUGCCCGUCUUGCAAAAUGGCCAUCUCGAGAACCGGGGGCUGUAAUAAAAUGGUUUGUAAUAACUGUGGCCAAUUCUUUUGCUACCGUUGCAACAAAGCUAUCACUGGUUAUGAACAUUUCAGAGAGGGAUCAUGUGAGCUAUUCCCACAGGACGCUAUCCAAGAAUGGAAUGAAAUUAAUGAGCGACAAGUUUUUCAGAUUCAAGCUCAGUUGUUUGCACCACACGGUCAGUUUCCACAGCGCGGUCAGAUAUGUCCUAAUUGCCGCCAGUUCAACCUAAAGGCGGGAAACAACAAUCACUUGUUCUGCUGGGCGUGUCAAGCACAUUUCUGUUACCUUUGCAAGAAAGUGGUGAAGCGAUGUGCUCAGCAUUAUGGCCCAAAGGGCUGCAAGCAGCACACCGAUGGGUAAAGGCGUGGUGGGGAAGAUGUACGAAUAUAUAUUAUGUUUUAUUUCUCCAGAGGUUGUCGUUUGUUGUAAGAUUCAAAAAUACAAUGAUUCGUUUUUAGACUUAGGUUUCUCUAUUUACGACACAGUUUUCCUCUCAAGUCUUAUCAUGCUUAAGGUUUAUAAAAACAUUGAUGAUUUUGGUUCAAUCAUUGAAGAUGGCCCCUCAUGUUCGAG